AUGGCACCCAUGGCUCGCUUCAAGCAAACGGGAGCUGCAAAGAGACAGCCGUACGAGGUCAAAGGCUCACCUGGAAAAGGCAAUGGCGUCCUCGCCACUCGAGCCAUUGAACCAGGAACUGUCAUCAUGAAAGACAAAGUCGCCAUCUUGAUCAAGAAGGAUCCGCCUACUGUUCAGCCCACGGACGUGAUCAAGGCAGUCGCAUCAUUGAGCACAUCAGAUCAAGCACGAUUCUUCGCCCUCCACGAGGGCAGCCGUCCAUACUCUUCACAAGCAUUCCGAAUCUACAAAGCGAACGCCUUUGGUAGCAAAGGAGAAAGCCGUCUGUUCUUGAAGAUCUCCCUCAUCAACCACUCCUGCGUGCCCAAUGCCGAAAUCUCCGACAGCAACAAGGACGACGACGACACAGAUCACGUCUUCGCCAUCAAGCAUAUCGCGACGGGUGAAGAGAUCUUUAUCAACUAUAUAGGACAGUCCGAAACCAUGAUUCGAGGUCAUCGCCAGACUGUCGCUCGGAUCUACUACGGGUUUUUGUGCUCAUGCACAGCAUGUCGACUGCCUGGUCAGGAGCAACAGUUGAGCGAUCGCCGUCGCCAACUCAUCGCAGUUCUUAGCAAUGCUCUCGAAGGCUUCCAACCACCGAUAGCUAGGUACUUCGAUGGGCUCGCUCGCCUUACACCGGAGCAAGCAGAAGACCCGCGGGUUCUCAACGGUAUUCCACGUUUUCCAUUGAGCAGCGCUCUAACUCUCCAGCAGAAGACAGCCUACCACGCUCUCCUCGGCCACCUUCUCGUCGCCGAGAACUUCGCCGGCUUCAAAGUAGCCACGGCAUUCUCCAAUGCCGCCGAGACUUUAGUACACCAGAUGGAUCAGCUUGUGGAGUCACACAUGCUCGUUUACCCUACCUCGACACGUUUGGCGACGUUGUGGAUGGGUAAAGCUCUGCAGAUUAUGGACAGUGCGAGAGGCCAAGCGAGCGAGGAGUAUAAGUACAUUGCACAGACUUGGGAGUUCAUGAAGGAGAGUAACCCUAUGAUCGCGGGAAUGCUGUACGCGAGUAAGGUCACGCGAGGCAAGGAGGGCUCCUACGCUCUUCGGGUCAUUGAGCGUGGAGGAGGUGCGGUGGAGAUGAAGGAACUUACGGAGGCGGAGGCGAAGGGAGUCGUGCGAGGCCAAAAAUGA